AUGAGGCCGGUCUCACGAAGACAUUCCAGACGUGGCCUCGUGGGUGGUUCCACAUUCCGUAGGACCCCGAUUUCCCGGUCCCCUCUUGAUAAGAACCCGAUGCCCGGACACCUCUCCGAACUCCACCCUGUGAAUGAAGUCAACACGAAGGGGCAGUUUUUCCGUGCAUCGUUCGGAAAAAACCCCAGGUUCCAAAUACAGCUCGACAAGCGGCCUCUCUCCCCGGGGACAUCUCGAGAGGCAAGCGGAGUUCCAUGCCUCAACCCAAGACGAGGCCUGACUCUCCUGUCCCCAGUCUGCAGGGACCCUGCGAUCGGAGUCUGA